UUGACUUUCUGGGAAAAGGCAGCUCCCGUGACAUGAGGACGUAGAGGUUCCAGAACAAAGAGUGUCGUGUUUCUGGUGGUCCUUUUGACCAGAGAGCUCUUAGCUAAGAUACAAAGCAGAGCUGGAAGUCAUUGAGCGGAUGUUGGUGUCACUGGCAACUUCCCAAGAACAGCUGAAAAUGACCAAAUCUAAGGUAACAUUUGCAUUUAAGGAUGUGUUUGUGGACUUCACUUCGGGGGAAUGGCAGCUACUGGAUGCUGCUCAGAAGAGCUUAUACUGGAAUGUAAUGUUGGAAAAUUAUAGCAACCUUGUGUCAGUCGAUGCCUCUAACUUGUAUCCUAUAUCCAGAAUAUCAUUUCUUUCUUUGAUCGUUGUUAUGAGAGUCUACACCUUCCAGUACCUAAUCAUAUAAAGAUUCAUUGGUCUCCGUCCUAGAAGACACCUGGCAAGUUGAUGAUGUACACUGGCACCAGCAAAACUCUGACAAGCCUGAUCCCGUGGAGAGGCAUGGGAUCCUCUGUGGAUACGAUGCAUUUGGGAAAGUAUUUCACCUGAGUAAAGACUUUAAUCAUUUCGAUUUAAAUGGAAAAACUUUGAAACAUAAUUUAGAUAUACUUUUCCAGAACAGAAAUUAUGUAAAUAAGAAAGCUGAAAAGUUAAAUCUGCUUGAGAAAUUAUUUCUCCAUGCUAUGCACAAAAACACUCAGUCUGGAAUUAAUUGCUAUGGUUAUGAUUGUGGAGAAGCUGUCAGUAAGAAGUCAUGCCUGAAUAUAACUCAUAUAGCAAUGAGAUUUUACAAA